AUGCCAAACGGCGGAUCUGAUCGUCCGGCGGCACUGUGGAAGCAAGACACCGCCAUCUUCUCCGACAAGCUACCGUCGACCAAACAACGGUUCUCCUCGCCGGCGACAGCUUGUCCUUCCUUUAGAAUUUACUACUACGACUCCUCCGCCGGUUCCAUCCCUUUCGAAUGGGAAUCUCAUCCCGGAACACCCAAGCACCCUUCCUCCGAUUUAGCUCCGCCACCUCCUCUCACUCCUCCGCCGUCUCAUUUCUCAUUCUCCGGCAACCAAACCCGCCGUGGUUCCAAGAAACCUAUCAAGAAAAUCCUCGCACGGAUACCAACCAGAAUCUUAUGGUUGUUAUCAUUAGCUGAUCACAAUAACAAGGUCAAGAAACUGUCGGCUUCUUCGCCGUCUCUGUCGGAGAGGGUACUGAUCGAUGACAAUGAGUACCAUCUGUUCAAGUUUCAGACAAAAAGGAAAGUCACGAGAAGAUUUUCAUCUUUUGAUGAUUCUUCUAUUAUUGACUAUCCCAUCCGCAGAUCACAAUCCACUUCUUGCUUCGGAAUUGGCAGAUGUUUCAUCUGGUAA